AGAGCGACUUUGCGGUUUCGAGUGUGAUUGUUUUCUUCCACUUCUUGUACACUUGUUUGUAAUAGCACGAAGCUUAUCUCGUUUUCUUCCUACGUCACCGACUCAGAGGCCAUUCCGAGGCUAUUUUUGGAAGCUGGAAGAAAAAUAAUUUGUUGUUUUUUUUUGUUACCUGUCAGCGAGAAUCCAACGAAGAAAGCACAGAGUUGAUUCAUAUCGCCAGUCAGGUCGACAACCUGGAAGGGACAAGCUCUUAGCAAAAUGAACACAAAGAAGCAAGUUUUUUUGCCACAUGACAAACACAUUUAACGCUGUAAGUUACUCUCUUCCGGGAAUACGGGACCGCGUGCCUGAAAAGACGUGUUCCUUGGCUAUUUAUGUGAAAGCUGGCGUCAUGGCUCUGCUGGAGUUCCUGUGCUGGAGAGCUGCCACACUGCUGCUACUGUUUGCCGACGUGCUCCAGUGCAUAUCGGUCCACAUCUCCAACGAGGAGCCCAUGUACAUCAUUCCGGGCUCCACUCUGGUCCUCCGCGCCCACAUCGAGUACAACUCCCAGGAGGAGUUGUCGGCCGUAACGUGGGAGCGGGUGCCCGAGAGCGGCGCGCCCGACGGACGGGCCCCGCUGGCCGCUUGUCCCGGCGGAACCCUCCCGCUGCCCGUCCAGUGCGCCGGCACCAAGCCAAACGUGCGGGCCAGCUUAGAACGCGGGGCCAGCGUUCUACACCUUAGCAACUACGGGAAAACCGAUGCGGGGGUGUACGCCGUCACCGUAAGAGGGAAGAAGGGCCAAUCCAGCACCGCGCGCUGCAUCGUGAGAGAAUAUGAGGCGGUGCACCACGUAUCGGUGAGCAUCAACGUAUCGCACUCGUCGCUGGUGUGCGGCGAGGCGUGGGGGACGGAGCCUCAGUUCAGCUGGCUGCACGAGCAAGACGCCAUCACCGGCAGCGUGGGUCGAGUAUCGCCCGACGGCGCCACCCUGCUGAUCACCAAAGUCCCCAUUUGUGGACACUUCACCUGCGUGGUCAGCAACAAGCUGAGCUACAGUACAGCCACCUACACGGCAGCUCCAUGCGAAUCAGAAGGCAUCAACGGGGCGACGGUGGCGAUCAUAUGUCUGGUUGUCCUUCAGAUCGUAGGGGGAGGGCUGGCCUUUCUACUUUGGAGGAGGUACCGCUACAGGAACCGAGGGGACAGGCUGCGCGAAAACAUGGACGACAACAUUUAAAAAGUGCCAAGAGGACAGGAAAUGGAUAUCAUGAAUUUGGGGGAGGACUUGUACUACAAUUAUCACUUGAGUGUAAUAGUCUAUAUCUACACUGCCUCCUGCUGGGCUGCAAUUGACACUGUGUUUAAGCCUGUCAGCCAGCACCAGUUAACACUAAAAAAUCAGAAGUGCUUGUUAUGACAUACAAAUAAAAAACAUUGUGUUGAGCGUAAUAGCAAAAUGCUGUGAGGAUUUUUUUUAAAAAUGGAUAAUAAAGCAAUUUGCAAGUACUUUUUUCAUGGUUAAGAAUAAAUGAAGAUGUACACAAAACUCAACUGUAGUAAUUUUUUUGCCUAGCAACAGUGUGACCACUGCCCAAAAUGCAGGGAGUUGAAAGUCCGUGAUGCCCAAAAAC